AUGUCCGACUCGCAUUCCUCCUCAGAAACCGUUGCCACCCUCAAGCUGCUACUUAUCGGAAGCAGUGGCACUGGAAAGAGUUCUCUCCUCAUGCGCUUUGUCGACGGCGUUUUCCUUGCUCCCGACGAGAUCUCCGCCACCAUCGGAGUCGAUUUCAAGGUCAAGGUCAUCGACGUCGAGGGCAAAAAGUACAAGCUGACCAUCUGGGAUACUGCUGGACAGGAACGUUUCAGAACUCUCACUUCCUCCUACUAUAGAGUGUACGAUGUCAGCAACAGAGAUUCGUUCAACGAUCUUCAGACCUGGUUCAACGAGCUCGACACAUAUUGUUCCAGCAAGGAAGUCGUUCGCAUGAUUGUUGGAAACAAAGUUGACAAGGAGUCCAGCAGAGAAGUCAGCCGGCAGGAGGGGCAAGAGUUUGCUCGCAAGUUGCAGACUCUUUUUGUCGAGUGCAGUGCAAAGACCAAGCUCGGAGUUCAACAGGCGUUUGACGAAUUGGUGCAGCAGAUCAUCGACACCCCCAGCCUGUGGCAAAAGCAGGCACCCGCCAAUGUCCGUCUCCAGCCAAACACUGAAACCCAAGAGUACUCUGACGAAGUUGCUGCCCUUGUUAUUGAUAACGGUUCCGGUAUGUGCAAGGCCGGUUUCGCCGGCGAUGAUGCUCCCCGCGCCGUUUUCCCCUCGAUCGUUGGUCGCCCUCGUCACCAGGGUGUCAUGGUCGGUAUGGGUCAGAAGGACUCCUAUGUCGGUGAUGAGGCUCAGUCCAAGCGUGGUAUUCUCACUUUGAAAUACCCCAUCGAGCACGGUAUUGUCACCAACUGGGACGACAUGGAGAAGAUCUGGCAUCACACCUUCUACAACGAGCUCCGCGUUGCUCCCGAGGAGCACCCCGUCCUCUUGACCGAGGCUCCCCUCAACCCCAAGAACAACCGCGAAAAGAUGACCCAGAUCAUGUUCGAGACCUUCAACGCCCCCGCCUUCUACGUCUCCAUCCAGGCCGUCCUCUCCCUCUAUGCUUCCGGUCGUACCACCGGUAUUGUCCUCGACUCUGGUGAUGGUGUCAGUCACACCGUCCCCAUCUACGAGGGUUACGCUCUUCCUCACGCCAUUCUCCGUCUCGAUCUCGCUGGCCGUGACUUGACCGACUACCUCAUGAAGAUCCUCAUGGAGCGUGGUUACUCCUUCUCUACCUCUGCCGAGCGUGAAAUCGUUCGUGACAUCAAGGAGAAGCUCUGCUAUGUUGCUCUCGACUUUGAGCAGGAGAUGCAGACUGCUGCCUCUUCCUCUGCCCUCGAGAAGUCGUACGAGCUUCCCGACGGUCAGGUCAUCACCAUUGGUAACGAGCGUUUCCGUGCCCCUGAGGCCCUCUUCCAGCCCUCGCUCUUGGGUCUCGAAGGUGUCGGUAUUCACGAGACUACCUACAACUCUAUCAUGAAGGGAGAUGUCGAUAUCCGUCGUGACUUGUACGGAAACAUUGUCAUGUCUGGCGGUACCACCAUGUACCCCGGUAUUGCCGACCGCAUGCAGAAGGAGAUCACCACCUUGGCCCCCAGCUCGAUGAAGGUCAAGAUUGUUGCUCCCCCAGAGCGCAAGUACUCUGUCUGGAUCGGAGGAUCCAUCUUGGCUUCCCUCUCUACCUUCCAGCAGAUGUGGAUCUCCAAGAUGGAGUACGACGAGUCUGGUCCCUCCAUCGUCCACCGCAAGUGCUUCUAA